UCCGUGACCCCUGAUCCCAGUUUGCGAGUCAGGGCGAUGGAAGUUGUAGAGCAUACUCCUCUCGUGACAGUUCCCAAUGGAUAUGCAAACAGGACUUUCCAAGCGAACAUGGAGGAAGGGAGCACUGAUGCGCUGGAGGUCUGCGGUGCUGAGCACUGCGCCUCCAGCGACGCAAUUCCGAGUGAGCGGGAGGAAGCACCCAGGUAUAAGAAGACAACCAAGGGCAACCGGAUCUGGAAUUUCGUCAGACGAAGGAAAGGACUCUCCACGAGUAAAGACAGACCUCAGUCCAUGAUCCUGCUGGGAGUUACCUCUGAGGUCUCGGAAUUGAAAAAGCCAUCCUUCAUGGAGAGGGUACGGUCGUCGAAAAAGGGAAGAUCCUCCAGGACACCCAAGAAUGUGGAUUUGAGAGCAUCCAGAGUGCAGGUGGCAUAUGACCCCGAGGAGGAGCCUCCUGCCAGCGGGCAGAGAGCUGUCUACAGGGUGAAGAAGCUGGGGGACGGUCGGAGGCCCUCCCGCCACUCGUACGCGGGGUACAUUGAGGAUUUCGAUUCCUCUUUUGAAGACAUAGAGCUGAACAUCAGCAUUCCUGAACUUGAUGCCACUGAAAGUAAAUGUCUCAGGGAUAUUAGUGUCAGAUUACACAGUGAGGAUAAUGAUGGUAACUGCCACAGAAUACCAGCCAGAAAGAGCGAGUCUUUGAAUUUUGAAAACCUUAAGAGUCCUGCAGUUGCAGAAGGGGACAAUCAAAAGAGGUGUGCUGUGCUCCCACAGGAGAGCCGGAGAGGAAGGAGCUCUGAUGUCUGGAGCUAUCUGAAAGGAAUUUCAUUAACUAGCAAAGAUAAUUCAAAGCUUCCAGAUCAAAGGGCUGAAACCAAUUUCCAGAACUUAGAAAAUACAACUGAUCAUUCCUCUUCUUAUUUUGACUUUGAUACGAGAUGUGAGGAGAAUCCCAGACAGCGGAAAAAAUCCAACGGUGCCGCCAAGGCCACUCACUUUGGGGGGGUUGUGAGGUUCCUGACCAGCGUGGCCGAGGCAGCUCGGAGGCUGCGAGGCUCCUCAAGGGCGUUUUCCCCAGAUGAGAAGAGGCCUCAGCGGAGUUUCCGAGGCUGGAGGCAGGAUGUUGCCUCCCACAGAGAGGGCUUGGUUAUUGAGAACGAGAGCGCAAAGGCCUUCUGCACGGUGGGAGCGUGUCUGCAGUCCCCAGAUUCAGGCACGUGGGAGAACCUGAGCUUUGAGAGUUUGGUGGGGAAGGAGCCCGUGCAGCAUUGCAGAACCACGGAAGGGUCCAAAGAGGUUGGUUCCUCUGCCCUGGGCAGCGGGAAUGACAGGGUUAAUGGAACAUCACUUUUUCCUUUUGGGCCAGAACCAUCCAUCUCCCACCUGCCAGAGCUUGCAGAUGGUUCUUUCACUGAGCUAAAUAGCAAAGACCCCUCUGAGGAUCUGAUUGAACUUCCCCAGAUGACUCUGACUGACACAAUUCAGAACUUGGGCAGUACUUCAGAAAAGACACAGGUCAUGGGCAGGGACCUGCCACCUUCUCAUGAUCUUCCUAUGAAUAGUCUGGAUGCUGUGGACCUGGGCCAUUCUCCAGCUGCCAGUGGUGACUCUCCUGCAGAAACUGGGGCUCAGAUCCACCUUCCACUGGCAUUGCUGACUAAACUUGAUACUGAAGACGUGUCUUGUGCUCCAGUGGUUGCUAAAGACAUGGAUCCAUCUCCAGCAGUGGCUCAGGAGCUUUCAAAGGCAGAACUGGAUAUUCAGGACUUGAGAAAUCCUGAGCUGCCUUUGCAAGACUUGUCUGGAGGUGAGCUGGGGAUUCAGGACUCAGGCAGUACUCCAGAGAAGGCACAGGCUGUGGGCAGGGAUGUGCCACCUUCUCAAGAUCUUCCUGUGAAUAAGCUGGAUACUGUGGACUUGGGCCAUUCUCCAGCUGCCAAUGGCAACUUCUCUGUAGUGACUGAGACUUUAAUCCACCUUCCAGAGACAACCCCAGCUGAGGAGAUUGAAGAUACUGUCAGUGCUCUGGAGAAGAGUCAGGUCAUGGGCAGGGACCUGCUGCCUUCUCAAGAUCUUCCUGUGAAUAUCCUGGAUGCUGCAGACCUGGGCUGUUCUGCAGUUGCUGACGUUGACUUCUCUGUAGUGACUUUCUUGAAGUGUUCAACAGUGAAAAGGCAGGUUUUGGAGCAGACUGAUGGCUGCUUUAAGAAGCGGGGAAUCACUUCAUUUGUAGAACAGAACUCUGUGGAGAUCACAGAAGGAGUGGAAGAGUUUAACUGCAGCUCAGAGUGCCGGCCUUUCCAAGUGCAUGUCUCCAGGAUUGUCUCCUCUGGGCGGCUCAAAAAUGGAAAGCCAGUGUCCCAUCCUCCUCAGCCGUCCCCACAAGCGCCACCCUUUAAGGUCCUGGUGGAGAGGUGCCGCUCGGAGCCGCUGUCGCAGAGCACCCCGCAGGGGCUGGACCAGCUGGGCGGGCGCAUGCAGCACCUGCUGCGGCGGCGUGCUGAGAACGAACAGGCUUCAAAGACUCUGAAGGUGCGCGGGAACUGCAGGAACGGUGGCCGUCGGUGGAACCUCUUCAAGCCUGGAGCUGAGAAGCUGCAGAUCAGUAGGCUGAUCAGUGGUGGUUCCAUUGUAAGUGCUGAGGCAGUAUGGGAUCACGUCACCAUGGCCAACCGGGAGUUGGCGUUUAAAGCAGGAGACGUUAUCAAGGUCCUGGAUGCUUCCAACAAGGACUGGUGGUGGGGUCAGAUCGAUGAUGAAGAAGGAUGGUUUCCAGCCAGCUUCGUGAGGCUGUGGGUAAACCAGGAGGAUGGGGUAGAGGAGGGGACCAGCGAUGUGCAGAACGGCCACUUGGAUCCCAGCGCCGACUGCCUGUGCCUGGGCAGGACCGUGCAGAACCGCGACCAGAUGAGAGCCAACGUCAUCAACGAGAUCAUGAGCACCGAGCGCCACUACAUCAAACACCUCAAGGACAUCUGCGAGGGUUACUUAAAGCAGUGCCGGAAGAGGAGGGACAUGUUCAGUGAUGAACAGCUAAAAAUCAUCUUUGGGAACAUCGAAGACAUCUACAGAUUUCAGAUGGGCUUUGUCCGGGACUUGGAGAAACAGUACAACAAUGAGGACCCCCAUCUCAGUGAGAUUGGACCAUGCUUCCUGGAACACCAAGAUGGAUUCUGGAUCUAUUCAGAGUACUGUAACAACCAUCUGGAUGCGUGCAUGGAGCUCUCCAAGCUGAUGAAGGACAGCAGGUACCAGCACUUCUUCGAGGCGUGUCGCCUGCUGCAGCAGAUGAUCGACAUUGCCAUCGACGGCUUCCUGCUCACGCCCGUGCAGAAGAUCUGCAAGUACCCCCUGCAGCUGGCAGAGCUGCUCAAGUACACGGCCCAGGAGCACAGUGACUACAGGUAUGUGGCCGCUGCCCUCGCCGUCAUGAGGAACGUGACUCUCCAGAUCAACGAGCGGAAGCGGAGGUUGGAGAACAUUGACAAGAUAGCUCAGUGGCAGGCCUCUGUCUUGGACUGGGAGGGAGACGAUAUCUUGGAUCGCAGCUCGGAGCUGAUCUACACGGGGGAAAUGUCCUGGAUUUACCAGCCUUAUGGACGGAACCAGCAGCGAGUUUUCUUUCUCUUUGAUCACCAGAUGGUUCUCUGCAAGAAGGAUCUGAUAAGAAGAGAUAUUCUGUAUUACAAAGGGCGCAUAGACAUGGAUAAAUAUGAAGUGGUGGAUAUAGACGAUGGGAGAGAUGAUGACUUCAAUGUCAGCAUGAAGAAUGCCUUCAAACUUCAUAACAAGGAGACUGAGGAAAUGCACUUAUUCUUUGCCAAGAAACUGGAGGAGAAGUUACGAUGGCUUAGAGCUUUCAGAGAAGAAAGGAAGAUGGUAAAAGAAGAUGAAAAGAUAGGCUUUGAAAUUUCUGAAAAUCAAAAGCGGCAAGCGGCAAUGACAGUAAAGAAAGUCAGUAAGCAAAAAGGUGUGAGCUACUCCAAGUCGGUUCCUCCAGCCUACCCACCACCCCAGGAUCCAUUAAAUCAGGGACAAUACAUGGUGACAGAUGGCAUAUCCCAGUCCCAGGUCUUCGAGUUCACCGAACCCAGACGCAGCCAGGCACCAUUCUGGCAAAACUUCAGCAGAGAGUGAGAAUGAGACAUCCAUAAUUUUUAUGAGAAGAUGCUUCCUAAAUAUUCAGCACUAGGAAAAAAGAAACACCACCGCCACACCAUUAUUUGCAUCAUAAGUCAAGACUCGCUUGAUCUGACAAGGCCACUUGUUGGACUCGCAGCUUCUUUCUUAAGUGGGAAGCCCACCCGAGCCAGCACUGCCCGAGCAGAGCAGCUGCAGGCACGUGUUCCAGAGGGAAGAGGGGCUUGGCUCUCAGGCAAUGGCAUCCGGGAAAGCUCUUCCCCUCCAUAAAUUGCCAGAGGUGCUGCAGGAGAUGGAGCAUUGGCACAAAGAAGAACCAGCACUGGGUCCCACUUUCCCACCUCCUGUGGCUUUCCCAGUAGGGAGCAGGGCUGGGCUGCCGCGGCGGGAGCGGCACGGAUGCAGAUUGGGUGAUUUGACUGAGCAUCUGAUAACAGACUUUCAUUUCAAUGCCAGACAGGAGGAACCCACUUACCAUUACAUGUGCAGAAACAAGAGAGUUGUAACAAACUUAAAUGUUUACGGUAUUUCUCUGGCUGAAUCUAUACAUAUAUAUAUAUAUAAAAUAAAGAUACCUUCUUCCCUAGGUAAAUGACAUGCAUUACCCCUUGACCUAGACACUAGAACAGAGGAUCUAAAUUCAAGACUUUCGCCUCCCCACCCUCUCCAAAAAGUCAAACAAGAACCAACCUAGGUGCAUCUAACAGUUGUAAAUAGAAAAUAAUACAUAGAGAAAUAUAUUUGAAAUUUGUUUCAGUUUCUGGAUGGGCACCAGCCAUCCAUUGCAAUGUUAUUGAUAGUACACUGUGGUGCUUUGGGUUUCUGGUUUUGUUCUCUUUAUGCUCUGUCAUCUUUUCAUUGCAGCUACAUUUCAGGGAACAUGUAUAUUUAGUAGCUAUUGUAAGUUCUGCAUGGCAUCACCAAGCUUAUUUUUCCUUAAGAAGAAAAGAAGAGUCUGUAGGAGUUUAAAGGCACUAUGACGACAGGGACUUGUAGCAGAGAAUUUAAAAAAAAAAAAAAAAAAGGUUUUUAAAAUUCUAGUUUGAAGCCAAAUACUGAUAUUUUAGUGCUUUUGGGGUUUUAAAAGUAAGAGAAAAAAAAAAGAAAAAAAAAAAGAAAAAAAAAGGAUUUUGGUAACCCAGCUGAUCCGCACUUGCCAGUUUUAUUAUUUUGUUUAUAUUGGACUGUUUGACCCUGUCAAACAAGUGUCAAAGUUGUGUGUAUAAAACAAAAAAAGUGUUUAAAAAAGUGUUGUAAAGACACUGAGCCUUAUGAAAAUAUUUAUGGAAUUAAAUAAAAAGAAGUGAAAAGG